UUUAGGAUACCAAUCUGCUCAUCAAUAAUACCUGGCCAGAGUUUACACAAUGUUUUCAGUGGACUGCGCUCGUUUGGAUGCCAUGUGCUUGGAUAUGGUCGGUCUUCCCCAUCCAUUUGUGGUAUAUCCAUUGCCGGCAUCCAAUGGAUUUCUAUAAAAUACCAAGCAAUAAGCUCAACAGCGCUAAAAUCGUAAGAAUUAUUUAGUAAAGUUGUAUCCCAAUAAAAAUGUUUGUAGUGUCUAUUCAACAUGAACAUUUUAAAUAGUUUAUCCAACAUUGUGUGAUUAUUUAUCCAACUGAACAUUUAUAAUUGAACAUUCUCCCCAGGGAUGGCAACUCAAAAAAUGUGUUCGCAAUUUUGUAUGAUCAUUAUUAUUUUGAAAUGACUUCGAAUUCCUUUUAUGAUUUCUGAAUCACGUGACAUCUCACGUCUGCAAUAUAAAAGAUUGUUUUGACAGGAUUAGGCGCUUAGGCCAUCCAUAGUAGGUUAAAGUUAAAGAACACAUUGCUUUUCUUAAAAUUGAAUACUUAAAAGACACAACUGCAUUUUCAUUUACUUUUUAACAUUUCUGCUAAAAAAAAAACAAUCUUGCCUUAGGCUAAGUUAGCCUUAGUUAAGCAGCUUAGCCUUGGCCUUAGCAUUGGCAUUAUCAUUAUUAUUAUUAUUAUUACCUCUAAACUCUAAAAUGUAUAGUCAUUAUAGUCUAAUUAAGUUAUUAGACUACACAUUUAUAGAGGUCUACUGAUAGAAACCUUUAUAGAAGCUUAUAUUACAUUAUAUUAUAUAGUUAAGAGAAACAUUUACAGAAGUCUAUUGAUAGUUAGUUUAGAAACUUGAAACAUUUCAGCAUUCAACUGUUAACAGCAUGAAUCACUAAUGACAAUGACUAAUUCAUUUUAAAAGAUAAUACUAUUAAUAAUAACACUACAUUGUUUGAUACAACAGAGGCACAUACAACAUAUUCACGGUCAGAAGGUAAUUGAGAAAACAUGAACCUCCAAAAUUGUAUUAGUAUUAGCAUGUUGCCGCGACUUUUCAAAAAAGUAUUUGAUCUAAUACUAAUAGUAGUAGAUAUUUUUAGGUUAUCCACAAUUAAACCUAUCAAUAUUGGAUGUAGUAGUUUUUUUGUUGUUUUUUUGGCAUUUUGAUUACAAAAAACUGCUGUUUAGUCCUAAUUCAAUUUCUAAUAUAAGCAUAACAAUAAAAUAACAAUGAUUUAUAGGGUAAUCUCAAUCCCUUUCUUAGAUUCUCUGCUUAACCCAUCUCUAAUAUUAAUAUAGCCUGAUCCUGAUAAUGAAAAAUCCUUAUCUUAGAUUAUAUGUUCAAUCCAUGUGUUAGAUUAUCUGCCUACUUCUGAUGGUGUCAAGCAUCUUGAAGAUAUUUAUAACCGUACAAGAUGAAAGAAACUCCACCCCACCCCCCAAUGCUGUCUAUGUGUCCAGUUCAAUAAUGGCCAUUACAUAUGUAAGUAGAUCAAAACUUCAGUUAAAUAAUGACCAUUAUAAUAUAUGUCAGAAAAAAAAAAAAAACAACCUAAGUUCAUUUAAAGUUGGCUUAUUCUGCUUUCAGAUUUUAGUUGCUUAUCUGAACAGAUGCUCAAGAAAAGCUGGCAUUGCUUCCCCUUGCGUGUUGUUCAUAUUUUGGAUCUUAAACACAGCCUGC